GACUUGAUAGUUCUUGAUAAAAUUCUAAAAAAACCCAAAAUUAAAAUCUUUUUUAUUUUUAUUUUAUAAAAGUUCCCCCUUUUCUUGUUCUUCUUUAAUCUUUUGAUUGGAAUCCCAUUUGAAAUCUAAAAAAAAUCCUUUUUUAUUUUCAAUUUUUAGUAAAAAUUCAAUUAGGGUUAGAUCAGAUCAGAUCUGAAGAGGGGUUUGUGUUUUUGAGUAGAGAAAAUGCAGAGAAAGUUGAUGGAGAAAAGGGGAUUAGAUCCCAGUAGUAGUGAAGAAGGUCAACCUGAAAAGAAAAGACCAGCUCUUGCUAGCGUCAUUGUUGAAGCUUUGAAAGUGGAUAGUUUGCAGAAAUUUUGUUCAUCAUUGGAGCCGAUUCUUCGAAGAGUUGUUAGCGAAGAAGUGGAGCGCGCCUUGGCAAAGUUGGGCCCGACGAAGCUUAGUGAAAGGGUUUCUCCUAAGCGAAUAGAAGGGCUAGACGGAAGAGACCUACAGCUACAAUUCCGGUCCAAAAUUUUACUCUCUCUUUUUACAGGCGGAAAAGUAGAAGGAGAAAGAGGUGUGGCGAUCCAUGUGGUGUUAAUCGAUGCCAACACGGGUCAUGUUGUGACAUCCGGCCCCGAAUCGUCGGUCAAACUAGAUAUUGUUGUGCUCGAAGGUGAUUUCAAUAACGAGGAUGAACAAGGGUGGACUCAAGAAGAAUUUGAAACGCAUAUGGUAAAAGAGAGAGAAGGAAAACGACCAAUUUUAUCUGGAGAUUUACAAGUGGUAUUAAAGGAAGGUGUGGGGACGUUAGGGGAGUUGACUUUUACCGACAACUCUAGUUGGAUAAGAAGUAGGAAGUUUAGGCUCGGGCUUAAAGUUGCCUCGGGAUACCACGAAUGUGUUCGUAUUCGUGAGGCCAAAACCGAUGCGUUCACUGUUAAGGACCACCGAGGAGAACUGUACAAGAAACAUUAUCCACCCGUUUUAACGGAUGAGGUUUGGAGAUUGGAGAAGAUUGGGAAAGAUGGAUCAUUUCACAAGAAGUUAAACAAAGCAGGCAUAUUUAGCGUAGAAGAUUUUCUUCGCCUCGUAGUGAGAGAUCAAAAGAAGUUGCGAAAUGUAUUAGGGAGUGGCAUGUCAAACAAAAUGUGGGACGUUCUCGUAGAGCAUGCAAAGACUUGUAUUUUGAGCCACAAACUAUACGUUUACUAUUCCGAUGAUGUGCAAAAUGUUGGCGUUGUUUUCAAUAACAUCUACGAAUUAAGCGGUUUAGUAGCCGAUGGCCAUUUCUAUGCAACCGACGCCCUUUCCGAUAACCAAAAGAUUUUUGUAGAUACGUUGAUGAACAAGGCAUACGAUAACUGGAUGCAUGUAGUGGAGUAUGACGGAAAAUCAUUUUUUGGAGCACAUCAUGCUACACAAGUUGAUACGGGUACGGCUCCGCAAAACUAUCUUAACUCGUUUGAUCAUCAACUCAGUCUACCACCAACCGUCACUCAAGAACAACCGAUAUUAAAUCCAGUUGUCUCCGGUGGAGGUUAUGAGGGUAGUGCACCUGCUCAAUUCCAUACAACCAACACGUUGAAUUUGAGUUCUUCGUUUAGAGGAUUAGAAGAUUACUUUCCCGAAGAAGAAAUCCGUAUGAGGAGUCACGAAAUGCUUGAAAACGAAGAUAUGCAACAUCUGCUACGGUUAUUCAACACGGGUAGUGGUCAAACCUCGGGUAGUCAUGUGAAUGAAAGUUAUUAUCCGGGUUAUAUGCCAAACACACCUAGUUUCGGGCGCUCGUCUGGGAAAGCUGUGGUGGGGUGGCUGAAACUUAAGGCGGCUUUGAGAUGGGGAAUCUUUAUAAGGAAACAAGCGGCGGAAAAACGGGCCCAAAUAGUCGAGUUGGAAGAUGACCCGUGAUUCUAAUGGGUAACCCUGUUGUGUAUAGUGGUAGCUGAUAACAUUACUCGUGGAUUAGGAAUGAUGUUUGUUGUGUCAUAAUCACGAGCGAAGCGGUUCUUGCUUGGAUGCCCAGAUAAAGCUGAAAGCUUAACAAAAGGAGCGAUAUAGUGAUUGAUUUUCUGUAUUAGUUGUGUUGUGGUGGUUCACUUCAGAUGUAACAUAACAACCCUUUGUUGUAUGCUAUGUUACAGUUUUUAAUUAUGGAACAACCUUCGUAAAAAUGUAUACAAAGAUGACAAUUUUAAUAUAA